AUGGACCUUCGUAAAGAAAAAUCUGAGGCUGGUCUCGAAAAUAAGGAACGAAAGAUCGCUACCAGAAAACAUAAAAAAUUAGCCACGGAAAAGUAUCGUCGUGACGAGUUUAACAAAACCCUCAACGAAAUGAAAUCCGUCACAUUAAAAGGCAUUGGCAAAGACAAUGCGCAAUUUGAAAAAUUGGAAAAAUCUGAAACACUCAAACUUUCAUUAAAAUAUCUUAAAUAUAUGCAACUUCAGUUAAAUAAAACCUUCUGCCCAGAUGCAACAACAAGGCUUCAAUGCGAAAACGCCUACCAGGAUCUAAACAAUUUCCUCACAAAGUGCGAACGAAGAAAGAAUAUUGCUAUGGCCUCAGAUCCGUCACUGCCACCAUCACCAACUGAACAACAAUUGUCACCCACCAACAGCAUUUUUUAUUUUGCUGACCCCUAUGCAUCUAUCCUCGACCCGGUCACCCAGUCAUGUCAUAUCGAAAGUCCAAACAGUCCGAAUCUUCUGGAUACCGCCUACACUACAUAUGCAGUCAGAUGUCCUGAUGCUUCUCUUUCAGCAUUCAACCCGCAACCUUUUGCCGUCCAUCACGUCAACAGCCGGUAUCAUCCAUACGGUUACAGCGUAAACAAACAUGGCGGAAAUGUCACUCAAGGCAAUGCAGAUCCACUUUCAUUUCCAAGGAACGCUUCGUCAAAAAUAUGGAGACCUUGCACGUUCAAUUAA